UCACGUGUCAUGCGUCAUUUAUCUCCUGACCGCGGUCCACGGCGGACGCAGGUUAUCAAAAAUGAAGUCUGUGUUGUUUUGCUUUGUUAUCUGUGCGUUCGUGACCAAGAUCUGUGGAAAUAACUGGACGCCAUUCCGAUCUGUGCUUUAUUCGGAGCUGAUAGAAUGUGACCACGACAAGACGAAAAACCGUGACGUCAGCGAAGUGCUGGUCUACUUCUACGACUUCCAGAACAACUUCAACAUCACCUACCCAAUAGCGAUUGCAGCCGACAGCAUCACCGCUGCCUACAAUCUGGACACCACCAGGCGGCUCAUAUUCUUCGUGCCCGGCUACAAGACCCACAUCCAGAAGAACAACCCUGAACUCAUCAGGCAGACCUUCAAAGACGUCCCGAAUAUAUACCUGAUGAUCGUUGACCAUUCGUUGUACACAUCGGCAAAAGGCGGCAGAGUCGAAAGCUAUGAAAGAUCAGUGUCAUACGUCUACUACAUAGGAAGAGCAAUUGGGAAGUUCUUAGCUCGUCUCCACGAGAAAGGAUACCCUUCGAAGAAUAUACACUGUGUGGGACACAGCUUAGGUGCUCAGAUGCUUGGGCACGCUGGUGUCACAUACUUCAAUCAGACCGCGGAGAAGGUAUGGAGGAUAACUGGUCUAGACCCCGCUGGUCCUUGCUUCUCAAAUGCCCUAAUCGAUGAGCAGAUCAGGUCCGGAGUAGCUGAUUACGUGGAGGUAUACCAUUGCAAUCAAGGCGGCUUGGGGACGACAGCAGUGCUGGCUGACACGGAUUUCUUCUUCAACAGAAAGGGGAAGACCCAACCGCAUUGCAAUGGCGGGUUCCUCCCUGGUUAUGGGGAGUAUGACUCUGCGAAGUGCAGCCACAAGGCCUGUGUGAGGUACUGGACGAUCAGCGUGGCCCACCCAGGGUGGUACUUGGCCUGGGCAUGUGACUCGUAUGAUGAUUUUAAAGAGGGCAAGUGUGCUAUCAACGAGGUGACAUUAGCAGGGUACUGGAAUCCAGGGAAUGCGACUGGCGUGUUCUAUGUCUCGACCGAGACUUAUGGGAUAGUGUGAUAUUAUAAUUUUUAGGGUUAGUAAAUUCUAAGCUAUUUGAAGGGCGUACUAAAUUGAUAAUCUUGUUUAAAAGUCAAUCUAG